ACGUGUGUACCUUGUCUUUUGUCAAUUUAUCAUCUUUCAUCUCGGUCAUUCUUGGCGGCACUUGCUGUUUGCAAAAAUGAGCCACCUUUUAGUUAGGUGGGUAAAUACCGGAAGGACUCGCGUGUAUGAUGUAGUUAGCCUAAGGGACUUGGUAGAUACUAAAAUAGGCGCAUUAAUUUUGCAAAAUUCGAGGGAUUCGAAUAUAUUCAACAAAGAAGUACAAGUCAGGUGGGAGGGAGAAAAACACCCAGCGAGGAUCGUGGCUAUCGGUAGCCCCGCGCAGAUGGAAAAGAAAUGCAAGCUAAUGAUCAAAGGAGCUUGCAAUGGAGCCGGUGACCAGGUGGAUUAUUGUGAGAACUGUGCUGCACUAGAGCAAGAGAAGAAAUCCCUCAAGAGUGACAUCGAUCACCUCCAGGAGGAAAAUGCGAGACUAAAAGCCAUUGUGGACUAUGUGACUUCACAAAGAGAUGUAGUUGAUGAACUGACGAUUGCGGUCCAGGACCUAAAGAACCUUCGUGAAGAGAUGGAGGACGCUCGGGUGCAGAGAGCGCCUGAAAACCCUGGAGCCCAGGCAGAGGGCAACGAAGACGAAGAAGAUUUGGGGGGCAUCAAGGUCAGCAGGGCUUUGCUGCUCCUUCUAGACAUGGGUCCCACAAAAUCACCAACAGUUUAUGCCCGGGAGCUUCUAAGGUUGGUCUUCAGCUCGGAAGAGCUUGUCGGAAAAUCAAUCACGGGCAAGCAGUCCAACGCACACAAGGACAAGCCGGCCAAGCCACAGCUUGACCCAGUCCGGGUAAAUGCUGUGAUAAGUUACACCUGCAAGAAGUUCAAGCUUCUCAAAGAAGGGCCAGUGAGGACGUCCUUGUCCUCGUUGCUAAACAAGGAGGCAAACAAGGAAAAACCUUGUGAAUAAGUCUUUUUUUAUCCUACAGUCCUUCGAAUAAAGGUGACAAAAAUAUUA